UCGAAGUGAUGUGGAACGGGAUGGACACUCUAUCCAGCCUCUAAAGCUCUCUAUGAUAAAUUGGACUGAUUGGCUGGGCGGACUUUUUCGCUCGCCAAUUGAUUCCUUCUCUUGGAUACUAUGGCGCCUCCGAAAGAAAAUGUCAGCCUACUUUUUAAGUUGUACUGCUUGACGGUGAUGACCUUAGUGGCUGCAACAUAUACAGUAGCGUUGCGAUACACAAGAACAACCACAGGAAUUCUGUACUUUACAUCCACAGCUGUUUGCAUUACAGAAGUUAUCAAAUUAUUCCUAAGUCUGGGCAUUUUAGCACAUGAGACUGGAAGCCUGGAUAGAUUGUCAGUGUCUUUGAAACAAAAUGUCUUGGGCAGUCCUAAAGAAUUGUUGAAAUUAAGUGUUCCUUCAGUUGUAUAUGCUGUUCAGAAUAACAUGGCCUUCCUGGCUCUCAGCAAUUUGGAUGCAGCGGUUUACCAGGUGACGUAUCAGCUGAAAAUCCCCUGCACAGCCUUAUGCACUGUCUUAAUGCUGAACCGUUCCCUUAGUCGACUGCAAUGGUUCUCGGUCUUUAUGCUGUGUGGUGGAGUCACCCUUGUGCAGUGGAAACCAGCUCAGGCUACAAGAGUUCAGGUGGAACAGAAUCCACUGCUAGGAUUUGGUGCGAUAGCAAUUGCUGUUCUAUGUUCAGGGUUUGCAGGAGUAUAUUUUGAGAAAGUACUAAAAAGCUCCGAUACAUCUUUAUGGGUUAGGAACAUUCAGAUGUAUCUCUCUGGAAUUGCAGUGACAUUGCUUGGGGUCUACACAGCGGAAGGAGCUCAAGUAAUGGAGAAGGGUUUUUUUUAUGGCUAUACGCCAUAUGUCUGGUUUGUCAUCUUUCUUUCCAGUGUUGGUGGCCUCUAUACUUCGGUUGUUGUUAAAUACACAGACAACAUUUUGAAAGGUUUUUCUGCAGCAGCAGCCAUUGUACUCUCUACAGUUGCAUCAGUCAUUCUCUUUGGUUUACAAAUCACCAUAACUUUCUCUCUGGGUGCACUGCUUGUCUGCAUUUCGAUAUAUCUGUAUGGAUUGCCUCGACAAGAUACAACAAAAAUUCAGCCAGCAGAAACAAAAGUGUCAAAAGAGAAUCUUGCUACCGUGUGACACCUGUCUUCAUGAAGAAUAGAAAAGGCAGUAUAAAGGAAAGGAGACUAUUUGUGUGUCUCUCCCCCCCCCCCACCUUCCUUUUUGAAUUUGGCUUUGAUGGGACUGAAAAUGAAGUCAGUCAUUCACUGAAUGAGAAUUUACACUGGAGGAGGAUUCUUUGCUAAUCUGUAGAACCUCACUUUCCUUAUAAACUUUUUUCUUAUUUUUGCAAUUGAAGAUGCUGCGCGCUGAAAAGAAUGAAUGGAAGGCACAGUUAAGUUGUGUAUAAAAUAAAUAGGGAGAUGGCCUUGGAAUUUACUCCCAUGUUAUGACACGAUACAUAGGCUUUGUUGCCAGAAAUGCUUGCAGUUGCAAGGAAGGGAUAAUUCAAACUUAAAUGCGACCAAAACAACGUAAGAUUAUAUUGGAAGGAUAGCGUCUUUUUCUCCAUGGAUACCUGGCAUUAAGAUCCAGCCAAGUGCUGUACUGCUUUUAUGAUAAAAAAUAGUUGUUUCAACAAGAAAAACACUGAUAAUUGUGAGACAAAAGGCAAAAUGUCUCACAAGAGUUUUAAAACUGAAAAUGGUAAUUUAUUUUUUGAUCUCCUGAACCCAGGAUCACCACUUUUUGAAACAGCAGAGAGAAAAAAAUACUGACUUCUUUUAGGAAGAAUUUUCUAUUAUAAAAAGGAAGGGGAUGGGUCAUUGUAUAUACAUUUACUUAUGCAUUGAUUUAACUGGUAAAUAUAUACAUUCUUGUGCAGUAUGGCUAGUGUUAUGUACUGUUUUGAUUUGAAUCUUUACACUUGCAUUAAGUAUGUUUUAGAGAAAGGGAACAAACUAUGGAUUAAAUAUCAUUUGGGUUUAUA